AUGGUGCAGGCCGAGGCCUCCCCAGCCGGCCUCGCUUCGCUGUUCGAGGAGCUCAUCAGCCUCAAAACCGGAUCGCAGCUCCUGGGAGAUCAACCGGACUAUGCACCCGCGCUCCGUGCUGCCAGCGAGCAGAUCCUCAGGCUGCGGGCCCUGCUCCGGGAGAGGUGCGAGCACACCGAGUCCCUGCGCCAAGACACCGCUGCGGCCAAGGUCAAGCUGGAUGAGAGCUCCCUAGAGCUGAAGAAUCUGGCCUAUGAGAAGGAGCACUACACCAAGGAGACCAACGCCUGCCGGGCAUUCAAGUCGGCCUAUGCCGAUGAAGCCCUGGAGCUCUUGCCGGUGGACCAGUUCCUCCGGGUCUGGGGCGACCAGGAUGUGGACGAUCCCCACCGCCUCAUGCUCAACCGCCUGACCCACGAGAUGGUGUAUAGAAAGGAGACCAUACAGCAGCUGGAAGGCCUCCGCGCAAAGCGCGACGCGCUGGCUGCUGAGGUGGCCGGAAAGCGCGGCACUGUGAGCGGGCUGGAGAGCGAGCUGGCGGGCCUGCACGCCAAGGCGCUCGCGUUGGCCGAGCGGUACGGCGCGGCCGUACCGCCAGCGCCAGGCGCAGCAGCCGCGGCCCUGGCCUCCGCAGCGACGCUGGCGCCGCCCCUGUACGUCCUGCACUCCCAGCUGCUGGCGGCAGCGCGGAGGGGGGAGGCAGAGGCCUCUGGCAGGCACGCCAGCGUUGAGGUGGCGGCCGCGCCCGGAGAAGAUGGCCGAGGUGGUGAGCCCAUCGUCGCCCUGCGUGUCACCAGCGGUGAUGCCGUGAGCCUGGCCGUGGACUUUCGGUACUCUGCGGAGCUGGGAGCAGUCCUGGCCGCGCCCCACCCGCCCACCACCGCUGCACAACUGGAGGCGGUGGGGGGUGGCGGGGCCGCGGCAGCGGGGCACGCGCCUGAAAGCGGGGCCUAUGCCUGGGCGCAGUCCCUGGCGGGGCUGGACCUGCUGCCGGCGCUGCCCCCCGCCCCGGCGUCGGCGGCCUGGAGCGAGACAGAGCUCCGGGAAGCCAUCCAUCGGUACACGGCGGCAAACACCGCGCCCUCCAUCCUGGCUAGCCUGCUCGAGGCAUCGCGCCAGGAGGCCAUGGAGGAGGACUAG